AUGGCCAUGGUCGUAGGCUCAGUCCUGUCAAGCUACCUCGACUCCAGUCAGUUUCAAGUUCCAAUGAAAGAUGCCAAUGGGUUCCUAGACCUAAGUCGGCUGAGCCAUUCAGUUUACGGCGCUUGCCAGCCCAAAGUAAGGGCGGGUACUGGCACAUUGGGUUUUAUCGGCCAGCCAAAAGGCCAAAACGCCGAGGCCUCGACAGACGUUGCUGGAGCAGCUGUCUCGUAUCUGAUUCAGACUGAAACACAAAAAAGGAACAGCAGUACCCAUGACAGAUAUGCAAAAUUUAAAAAAUAA